AUGGAAGAAAUAAACAUAUUAUUGCUCGGUGAAAGUGGUGUAGGAAAGUCUACAUUUAUAAACGCGUUCGCCAACUAUCUUAAAUUUCCUAGUUUAGACGAGGCAAAAUCCGGGGAUUUGGAAAUAUUGAUCCCAUUCAGGGUUAAAGUAGGAACAAAUAAUAAUUUAACCGAAGUAACUGUGGGUGGAAAUGACAAAAACGAAUCCUUAAUUGAAGGAGACUCAUCAACUCUAGGAUGCAGAGUCUACAGGUUCUGUAUUGGAGAUAAAGUCAUAAGAUUAAUCGAUACACCCGGUAUAGGAGACACUAAAGGAGUUAAACAAGACAAGAUAAAUUUAGAAAAUAUUUUGGCCUAUAUUAAUCAAUUCCAAUAUUUAAAUGGAAUAUGCAUGUUAUUUAAGCCAACCCAGUCACGACUGACUGAUGGGUUCACGUACUGCGUAAAAGCAUUAUUAUCACAGCUUCAUAAAAGCGUCAAGGACAAUUUUAUAUUCUGCUUUACCCAUACUAAAGGAUCAAACUUUCAACCAGGAGAUACAUUAACCAUUUUGAAAAAGCUAAUAAAAACUGAUCUCAAAGUCGAGCUUAAGACCGAUGAUAAUACUAUAUACUGUUUUGAUAACGAAUCAUUAUCAUUUAUAGUGAAUCAUAAGGAAGGUAUUAAAUUCGAUAAAUUUAUAGAAAUGACCAUUGGAUUUAGCUGGGAAAAGUCUGUAGAUGAAUCACAAAGGCUACUUAGAUAUCUUCGGUCACUUACCCCUUGCAAUAUGAGUGAUUCUGAAUCACUUUACAAUGCUAGAGUAAUGGUGUCAAAUCUUGCCAUGCCCAUGGUUUUGAUGCCACAAAACAUAACUAAAAACAGGAUCCAUCUUAAAGAAGAAAUUAAUAGAAUAGGUAAAAUCAAGAACCCAGAGGAUUUAAGAAAAGAAUUGCGCAGGAAAAAAAUUAAUUUAGUGACAUCAAAGUUGAAAACUCCUAGAGUCAAAUGCACCACACAUUCGCAGAUUUGUCAUGAAAACUGCAAUUGUUGGGGUUGUAGCAAAGCGAUAGUUUAUCCUUGCAAUGCAUUCAACCUUAUUUCAAUAUGCAGAAUGUGCAAUGGCUAUUGCUCAUCUCGGAAUCACAUUUAUGAAACUUACGAAACAAAGGAAGUAAUUGAAUGGGUUAUUAACAAGGAAGUAGAAGAGGACAUAAUUAACAAUAGCGUUUCUAUUAAAACUAAGGAGAACCUUGAAAAAUCUUAUCGUGAUACUGAAUUAAAAAUGGUUGAAGAGUAUGAAACAGUGAAACAUGCUAAAAAGAUAUUUACAGAAUUUCUUAUACGUAAUACUUUGGCUGCUUUCGAUGAUGUAUAUCUAAAAUGUCUGCAAAGUACAAAAAACAAACUUGAGAAGGAUGCUAGUACCCUAAAUAAUAAUUUCCUAAAGUAUAAAAACAACCGCGAAAAAUUCGAUAAGGAGAGUGAAGAGAUUCAGAAAGAUAUCGAUUUUCUCGAGAAAGAAAUUGAAAAACACGAAAACCAAGUGAGGAAGAUAAAAGAAUACAUCCAAAUCUCCCCAGAAAUUUCUCCAGACGAAAUAUUUAUACUGAAAGACAAAUUAUGCAACCUACCAAUUAGCGGACCGACAUUUAAAACAAUAGAAGAAGUGGAAAAGAUAAAGCUUGAAUACGGAUCGAACGAAAAAUCUGUUAAUUACAUAAACAGUAGAUUCUUAGACCCUUUAAAAGAUUAA